AUGGUGUCCCAGCUGAGCGCCCUGCAGCAGGAGCUCCUGGGCGCCCUGCUCAGCUCCGGGGCCACCAAGGAAGGGCUCAUCCGCGCCCUGGACGACAUGGUGCCCAGCGGCAGCUUCGGCGUGAAGCUGGAGAGCCUGCCGCUGUCCCCCGGCGCGCCGCCCGACGCCAAGCCCGCCUUCCACGCGCUCGCCAACGGGCACGCCAAGGGCAAGCUCUCCGGCGACGAGGGCUCCGAGGACGGCGACGACUUCGACACGCCGCCCAUCCUGCGCGAGCUGCAGGCGCUCAACACCGAGGAGGCCGUGGAGCAGCGCGCCGAGGUGGACAGGAUGAUCAGCGAGGACCCGUGGCGGGCCGCCAAGAUGAUCAAGGGCUACAUGCAGCAGCACAACAUCCCGCAGCGCGAGGUGGUGGACGUCACCGGCCUCAACCAGUCGCACCUCUCGCAGCACCUCAACAAGGGCACCCCCAUGAAGACGCAGAAGCGCGCCGCGCUCUACACGUGGUACGUCCGCAAGCAGCGGGAGAUCCUCCGCCAGUUCAACCAGACAGCCCAGGGCGGCGCGAGUAGGACGGGCAAAGGCAGUCAGGAUCAGCUGCUGUUUCUCUUUCCAGAGUUCAAUCAGCAGAACCAGGGGGCCGGGCCGCUCGAGGAUGCCUGUGCCGAGACCCCCAGCAAGAAGAUGCGCCGCAACCGCUUCAAGUGGGGGCCAGCCUCGCAGCAAAUCUUGUACCAAGCCUACGAGCGGCAGAAAAACCCCAGCAAGGAGGAGCGCGAGGCGCUGGUGGAGGAGUGUAACAGGGCCGAGUGUCUGCAGCGGGGGGUGUCGCCAUCCAAGGCGCACGGGCUGGGCUCCAACCUGGUCACGGAGGUGCGCGUCUACAACUGGUUCGCCAACCGGCGCAAGGAGGAGGCUUUCCGCCAGAAGCUCGCCAUGGACGCGUACAGCUCGGCGCCGCCGCCGCACAGCAUGAACCUGCUGCUCUCCCACGGCUCCCCCCACAACCAGCCCAGCGCGUCGCCCCCCGGCAAGAUGCCAGGAGUGCGGUACAGCCAGGCGGCGAGCGGCGAGGCGGCCGCCCCGGGGGCCAUGGGGCACCACGGCGGCGCGGCCAUGGUGCCCGGCGGCCAGGCCGUGCUGCAGCAGGUCUCGCCGGGCGCCCUGGAGCCGGCCCACGGGCUGCUCUCGCCCGACGGCAAAAUGAUCUCGGUCUCGGGGGGCGGGCUGCCCCCGGUGAGCACCCUGACCAACAUCCACAGCCUGUCCCACCACAACCCGCAGCAGUCGCAGAACCUCAUCAUGACGCCGCUCUCCGGCGUCAUGGCCAUCGCACAGAGCCUGAACACGUCGCAGGCGCAGAGCGUGCCCGUCAUCAACAGCGUGGCCGGGAGCCUGGCGGCGCUGCAGCCCGUGCAGUUCUCCCAGCAGCUGCACAGCCCGCACCAGCAGCCGCUCAUGCAGCAGUCGCCGGGGCACAUGGCGCAGCAGCCCUUCAUGGCCACCGUGACGCAGCUGCAGAACUCGCACAUGUACGCGCACAAGCAGGAGCCCCCCCAGUAUUCGCACCCCUCCCGCUUCCCCUCGGCCAUGGUGGUGACGGACACGAGCAGCAUCAGCACCUUGACCAACAUGUCCUCCAGCAAGCAGUGUCCCCUGCAAGCCUGGUGAUGCUCCACACUUCACUUGCUUUGCA